AUGUCCCGAUCCGCGGCGGAUGCAACGCGGUUCACGGCCACGGGCCCCUACGCCAGCUCCAAGGCCAAUGCAGCACCCUAUGAGCUCCCGAACUUCAUGCAGUCGAAAGAAACUCAAAAGCAGGCGACUCCUUCGCCGCCACAGACCGGCCCCGAUGGCCAGCCUGAGACGCCGAAGCAGAAGGUGGAACGACUGCGUGCGCAGGCACGGGCUGCCAGGAUGGCACAGUCAAGCUCGGGCAUGGACCGGUGGAUUGAAGGUGGACGGAGAUUCGCGAACAAGGCGCACAAGGGCAUGGUGUAUUCGUUGAUCAUUGCGUCGGGUGUCUGUGGUGUCCUCACCGUCUACUCUAUGGUCUCGCUGACCCUCUACAACCGUCGCCAACGCACCCUGUGGAUCGAGAGGGAAGUUGAGAACCUGAAGCAGGCCCGCAUUGCCCAGGCCAGCGGCACAGCAACCACUGAUCAGCUUGAACUCAUCAAGAAGGAGGAGAUUGCGGAUAUUAUCAAGCGCAAGCGCGAGGAGGAGAAGGCACAGCGGCCGUGGGCCAAGGCCAAGCGAUUCCUAUUCGACAAGAUGAACCCGGAGGAUUCCGGUGCUGCUGCUUCUGCCGUGGCUGUGUCGACAACAACGGCCGUCGAGGGUACGGAUGUGCCCGGUGUCCUCGAGGCUGUCCAGGCGAAGACCGGCGCCCCUGUGCCCGGUCAAUUGGAUGUGAUGGCCGAGAAUGCGGAGCGUGCGGCGAAGGAGAAGACGCGCGGUUGGUUUAGCUGGGCGACUGGCCGGUAG